AUGAGCUCGCAGCAAUCGGGUCCCCGUCACCAGCGCACCUCUACCAACGACAUCGACCCCCUGUCUGCGGCACAAAUCUACUAUGGCAACUCUCACAAGCCGAAGAGCAAGACUCGCACCUACUCGGGUGUCUUCGACACCGGAAGGCAAAAUGUUGCCGUGGCAGCUGGCAUGAAGCAGCCAGGCCGCAGGUCAAGCCACGAUGAGCACGCCUCCAACCCCCGCAAGUUCCUAAUCUCCGUCGAGGAAACAUUGCAGACUCUUCUUGAGCGCGAGGACACCGACCAAAACUGCCAAAUCACCAUUGAGGAUGCGGGCCCGAAGGUACUUUCGGUCGGCACCGCUGCUUCCAAUGGACUCAAUCGCUUUGACGUCCGUGGGACCUACAUGCUCGCCAACCUCCUGCAGGAGCUCACGCUCGCGAAAGACUAUGGUCGCAAGACGAUUAUCCUCGACGAGGCGCGCCUCAACGAGAACCCGGUCAAUCGCCUCUCCCGUCUGAUUCGAGACACUUUCUGGAACAACCUCACUCGCCGAACCGACUCUUCAAACAUCUCCCGCAUUGCCCGCGAUCCCAAGGAUUGGACGGACAACCCGCACCCAAGGAUUUACGUCCCUCGUGGUGCUCCCGAGCAGUAUGAAUACUACCUCAAGCAUGCAAAGGAGCACCCGGAUGAGAAGCUAGAGGUCAUUUACCUUGCUGAAGACUGCACGAACGAUGAGUAUGUGAGAGAUCUCAACGAUGCUCCCGGCCUCCUUGCCUUGGAUAUGGAGGAAUACAUCAACGAGAACGGCGAGAAGGAUUUCCGCGGCAAGCCUUUUGUUGUUCCUGGUGGCAGGUUCAACGAGCUCUACGGCUGGGACAGCUACAUGGAGUCUCUUGGCCUGCUGGUGAACGACAGGGUUGACCUGGUUAAAGCCAUGGUUGAGAAUUUCUGCUUCUGCAUCAAACACUACGGCAAGAUCCUCAACGGCAACCGGACCUACUACCUCGGCCGUUCGCAACCUCCUUUCCUUACGGAUAUGUGCCUCCGUGUUUAUGAUCGCAUUAAACACGAGCCCGGAUCACAGGAUUUCCUGAAAGCCUCUAUCAUGGCGGCUAUCAAAGAGUACUACAGCGUGUGGACGGCAGCACCGCGCUAUGACGAGGAAACCGGUCUGUCGAGGUAUCGCCCGGGCGGCAUUGGCGUGCCUCCGGAGACCGAGGCCACUCAUUUCGUUCACAUUCUGGAGCCAUAUGCGAAGAAGCAUAACAUGACUUUCGACGAGUUCGUCAAAGCCUACAACCAUCGCAAGAUCCUUGAGCCCGAACUCGACGUGUACUUUAUGCACGAUCGUGCUGUCCGUGAAUCUGGCCACGACACGUCGUACCGUCUGGAACGCGUUGCAGGCGAUCUCGCAACUGUCGACUUGAACUCGCUGCUCUACAAGUACGAGACGGAUAUUGCUCGCACAAUCCGCGCUCACUUCGGUGAUCGUCUUGCUAUCCCUGCCGAGUUCUGUGUUGCCGGGCAGGAACCCGGUCACAUCGAGACUUCGGCUGUCUGGGACCGCCGUGCAAAGAAGAGAAAGGCUGUCAUGGAGAAGCUGAUGUGGAACGAAGAGGAGGGCAUGUUUUUCGACUACCAUACGGUUGAGAAGAAGCAGACUGGCUACGAGAGUGCGACGACGUUUUGGCCCAUGUGGGCUGGUGUUGCCACUCCACGCCAAGCAGCUGCCUUGGUCGCUAAGGCUCUUCCGAAGCUUGAAGAAUUUGGCGGCCUCGCAUCAGGCACAGAAAAGUCCCGUGGCGAGGUCGGCCUGGAGCGCCCCAACCGUCAGUGGGACUAUCCAUUUGGAUGGGCACCUCAACAGAUGCUUGCAUGGGUGGGUCUCUUACGUUUUGGCUAUGAGUACGAAGCCCAGCGCCUUGCGUACAAGUGGUGUUACAUGGUCACCAAGGCCUUCGUCGAUUUCAACGGCGUGGUCGUGGAGAAGUACGACGUCACCAGACCGAUUGACCCGCACAGAGUCGAGGCAGAGUACGGCAACCAAGGCAGCGACUUCAAAGGAGUUCCUCGUGAAGGCUUUGGUUGGGUCAAUGCCAGCUAUGUGUACGGCUUGCAAAUGCUGAACGCGCACAUGAGGCGGGCUUUGGGUGCUCUGACACCGUGGGACACGUUCACCAAGGCCACAGAGGCUCUCGGUUUCUAA